CCGGAGUCGGGCCACCUACUGGUGCCGCUGCAGAGGGGAGGGCGCCGGGGGAGACCGCGUCCUGGCGGGGCCUGCUUUGAGGUGUCAGGCAGAACAUUCAGUCAUGGAUAAAAAUGAGCUGGUGCAGAAGGCCAAAUUGGCUGAGCAGGCUGAGAGAUAUGAUGACAUGGCAGCCUGCAUGAAGUCUGUAACUGAGCAAGGAGCUGAAUUAUCCAAUGAGGAGAGGAAUCUUCUCUCUGUUGCUUACAAAAAUGUCGUAGGGGCUCGAAGGUCAUCUUGGAGGGUUGUUUCAAGUAUUGAGCAAAAGACGGAAGGUGCUGAGAAAAAACAGCAGAUGGCCCGAGAAUACAGAGAGAAAAUUGAAACCGAACUAAGAGAUAUCUGCAAUGAUGUACUGUCUCUAUUGGAAAAGUUCUUGAUUCCUAAUGCUUCACAAGCAGAAAGCAAAGUUUUCUAUUUGAAAAUGAAAGGAGACUACUACCGUUAUUUGGCUGAGGUUGCUGCUGGUGAUGACAAGAAAGGAAUAGUGGAUCAAUCACAACAAGCAUAUCAAGAAGCUUUUGAAAUCAGCAAAAAGGAGAUGCAACCAACGCAUCCUAUAAGAUUGGGUCUGGCCUUGAACUUCUCUGUGUUCUAUUAUGAGAUCCUGAACUCUCCAGAGAAAGCCUGCUCCCUUGCAAAGACAGCUUUUGAUGAAGCCAUUGCUGAACUUGAUACAUUAAGUGAAGAAUCAUACAAAGACAGCACACUAAUAAUGCAAUUACUGAGAGACAACUUGACAUUGUGGACAUCGGACACCCAAGGAGAUGAAGCUGAAGCAGGAGAAGGAGGGGAGAAUUAACCAGCCUUCCAACUUUUGUCUGCCUCAUUCAAAAAUUUACACAGUAGACCAUUUGUCAUCCAUGCUGUCCCACAAAUAGU